AUGUUAUGCUGUAGCAAGAAACAAUCAAAGCAGGCGAUCAGGGUUUCCCUGAUCAUAUCAGUCCUUGUCGAUGUCUGUCUGUGUGCCGCCCUUUUCGUAUCACUCGCAUAUUAUUGGAUCAAUGGAAAAUCAUUUUCACCACAUUAUAUUGUCGGAUUUAUGGCGUUUUUCGUUUUGUUCGCCGGAUUUUUUAUAUCAUUAAUGGUCGCUGUUCAUACCAAGGAUAUUAGAGCUAUUUUGGUUUCAGUCGCUUUUACAGUAACUCGAUUCAUUUGUGCUAUAAUUGUGGUCAUAUCGUGGAUGUCUGAGUAUCAUUCAACAGAAGAGGCCAAUAAAGCAGCUAAAGAAGGCGAGGAUCCGUAUGAGUGGAUUUCCCACCGAAAAGCGAUUCUGCUCGCGUUCGCCGGAAUCUACAUCAAAAUUUUCAUCUCACAACUUUUUAUUCUCAAUCGAUACUAUUCCCACGCCGCCGAAACGGAACGUGAAGCGAAAGAAAGAGAAAUCGACAUGGAGUUUUAG